AUGUCAAAUGAGAAUCUCACCGACAAGAAUGUUGUUUUCAGAAAACUGGAAGCAAAAUCCGAGAACAAGGUAUGCUUCGAUUGUAGUGCGGAGAAUCCAACAUUGGCUUCGGUUACUUACGGCGUCUUUCUCUGCAUCGAUUGUUCAGCUGUUCAUCGAAGUCUCGGUGUUCAUAUUAGCUUCGUAAGGUCGACGAACUUAGAUUCGUGGAGUCCUGAGCAGCUGAGAACGAUGAUGUUUGGUGGAAACAACCGAGCUCAGGCGUUUUUCAAGCAACAUGGAUGGAACAACGACGACAAUGGCAAAAUCGAGGCUAAGUAUACUUCAAGAGCUGCUGAUUUAUAUAAACAAACUCUCGCUAAGGAAGUUGCCGAAGAAACCGGUUUAUUGUCAUCAUCAUCAUCCUCUUCUAAACCAGCGGAAUCAUCUGAAAACGGGUUUUCUUCUGAACCUCCAACGAUAGAGCUAGAAGAAGAAGAAGAAGAAGAAGAAGAAACUAGUGUCUCUUCGAUUAAUCUUGAAGAAGAAAGUACGGUGGAAAGUGAAGCAACUUCUCCUCUCACGGUUUUUCAGAGGAUGUGGGAUAUAAAGAAGAAGGACUUAGCCAUGAAAGAAAGAUUGGCGAAUAUGAGACUUCUUGAAGUUCUCAUUGCUAAAAGAGAACCACUUUCUCAGAUGGAACUAGCUCUAAAGAACAAGCUGCUCGAUUACAUGUUGGCAGAUUAG